AGCAAUUGGGCGGAAAUCCCGCCCUCCCCCCUCCCGAUUUCACUCUUCUGGGAAAUUGGGGUUCAGGAGAAAUAUUGGGCUGCUUUUUCGCUCAUUUUGGGGAAGCUGGAGAGGCGCGGUUGGGGUUUUAUAUUGAGGCUCCGGGCUGGCUGGUGGAGGAGAGAGCUUUCCCCUGCCAGGACCUGAUGCAAUCCAUUCAAGCCAACAAGUUUGGAGAGAAUGUUGAGUUCAAUCAAUUCAGAACGUCGAGAUGGAGCCCAACUCGGUCCAGUGGGUCGGUUCUCCGUGUGGUUUGCACGGACCUUACAUUUUCUACAAGGCUUUUCAGUUCCACCUUGAAGGCAGACCAAGAAUUUUGUCCCUUGGCGACUUCUUCUUUGUAAGAUGUAAGCCAGAGGAUCCGAUUUGCAUAGCGGAGCUCCAGCUGUUGUGGGAAGAGAGGACUAGCAGGCAACUUUUAUCCAGCUCCAAACUUUAUUUUCUCCCAGAAGAUACUCCCCAGGGCAGAAAUAGUGACCACGGCGAGGUGGAUGAAGUUAUUGCUGUUUCAGAGAAGGUAACUGUGAAGCUUGAAGACUUGGCAAAAUGGGCACAAUCAGAUUUCUCCAAAUGGAAGAGUGGUUUCCGAGCUGACCCAGUCAAACCCACGGAACUAGGCAAGAAUGGACAGAAGGAAUCCUUGAUGAGAUACAGACAGUCCACACUCAAUAGUGGCCUGAACUUCAAAGACAUUCUGAAGGAAAAGGCUGAUCUUGGUGAAGAAGAUGAAGAUUCAAGUCUCUUGAUCCUUAGUUAUCCACAAUACUGUCGAUAUCGUUCCAUGCUAAAGCGUCUUCAAGACAAGCCAUCCUCAGUAUUAACAGACCAGUUUGUUUUAGCUCUUGGUGGCAUUGCAGUAACAAGCAAGAGCCCCCAAAUCUUUUACUGUCGGGAUACAUUUGAUCACCCAACUCUUAUAGAAAAUGAAAGCAUAUGUGAUGAAUUUGCACCAAACCUUAAAGGCAGACCACGCAAAAAGAAGCCAUACCCACAGAGAAGAGAUUCAUUAAAUGGCGUUAAGGAUUCCAACAAUAAUUCUGAAAGCAAAGCUGUUGCCAAGGUAAAAUGUGAGGCCAGGUCAGCUUUUCCCAAACCCAAGAAUAACAACGGCAACUGUAAAAAAAGUUCAAGUGAAGAUAAAUCAAAGGUUGCUGUAGGUGAAGAAUGCAAAGCUGAUGAGCAAGCUUUCCUUGUGGCACUUUAUAAAUACAUGAAAGAAAGGAAAACACCAAUUGAACGAAUACCCUAUUUAGGUUUUAAGCAGAUUAACCUUUGGACUAUGUUUCAAGCUGCUCAAAAACUGGGAGGAUAUGAAACAAUAACAGCCCGUCGACAAUGGAAACAUAUUUAUGAUGAAUUAGGUGGUAACCCUGGAAGCACAAGUGCUGCUACAUGUACUCGCAGACAUUAUGAAAGAUUAAUCCUGCCAUAUGAAAGAUUUAUUAAAGGAGAAGAAGAUAAGCCACUGCCUCCAUUGAAACCUCGGAAGCAGGAUAUCAGUUCCCAGGAGGGGGAAACUAAAACAAAAGUGGCUGGAACAAAACGCAUCAAAAAUGAAAACCAAAAGAGUAAGAAAGAAAAAGAUAAUGCACAGAAACCCCAAGAUGCAGCUGAGGUCUCAUCAGACCAAGAGAAGGAUCAAGAAAUUUCAGACCAGAAAGGUUUAUCUGAGCCUCCUGAAGUGGGAGAGAUGAAGAAGCAUGUUGAAGGGCACCAGCCUCUCUUACCAGAGGCAGCAGGGCUGGGCUCCCUGGAGAAGGAGGACUUGAUGGAAAGUACUUCAAACAACGAUACAGCCCAGGAGGAUGUUCAGCACUCAUCCUCAUUUUCUACUAUUGCUGUACCCCCUGAACAAGACACCACAUUGGAUGCCACUGUCAACAAGCAGUUACACACCCCACCAAAUGCCCUGGAUGACACAAAGCCAGAACAAAGGGCACAUGGUUUUACAGACAGCUUAGAAAAGGAGCCUCCAGAAACACCCAUUCAUGGUUUCCCUGCAAUACAAGUACAGUUACCAAGUCAAAACGACAUGGAAGAUGAUAAAUUGCCAGAGAUGGCUGAUUACAUUGCAAACUGCACGGUGAAAGUGGAUCAGUUAGGAAAUGAAGAUAUACAUAAUGCACUAAAGCAAACCCCUAAAGUUCUCGUGGUACAGAAUUUUGAUAUGUUCAAAGAAAAGGAGCUGCCCGGUUCCGUUCAUGAUGAUCCCAGUUUUAGUUACACACCACUACUCUAUUCGAAGGGUAAUCCAGGCAUCAUGUCACCACUGGCAAAGAAAAAACUUCUGUCUCAGGUCAGUGGGGCAGCUCUGUCAUGUAGCUAUCCUUAUGGUUCACCUCCACCUUUGAUUAGCAAAAAGAAAUUAAACAAUAGAGAUGAACUAUCUUCAAGUACAGCACAGGCUCCCCACACUCCCAAUUCUGAUUCUGUAGCAGUUAAUAGACCAUCAGUAAUACAACACGUACAGAGUUUUAAAAGCAAGAUUUCAGAAGAAAGGAAAUCUAUUAAUGAAGUAUUUAGGCAUGACAUAUUAAGCAAACCAGAUCCUCAGCGUUGUGAUUUUUCUAAACAUCACCUCAACUCUCUUGCUGAAUCGUACAUACCGAAGCUAGAUCUCCAGGACUCCAAAGAUAAAAUGAGUGAGAAAAGGGUACUGCAGCAUUCCCAUGUGCCCAGUUUCUUGGCAGAUUUUUAUUCAUCUCCUCAUCUGCACAGUCUUUAUAGGCAUACAGAACACCACCUUAAUAAUGAACAGACAUCAAAGUACCUCCCCCGGGACAUGUUCAGAGAUUCGGAAAAUAUUUCUACUUUUACUCAACACAAACACCAAGACAAGCUACAUUUAAAUUAUCACCCAUCUUUGCAUCAGCAAGAAAAAAAGACUGUAGUGGAAGCCUCUUCAGAUGAUCAGCCAACAGACUUGAGUCUUCCAAAGAGCAUACACAAACAGACUGUUAAGGCUCCUGGAUCCAGCCUCCCCCAUUCAUCAGUGGGGCAGCAAGAAAGCAAAAGUAUUUCCCAGUUCCAAGUUGCAAGCAGCCAGGCUUUGAGCAUAGACUGUAAUCCCAAAGCCUGCCGCGUUUCUCCAAUGACCAUGGCAGCAUCUAAAAAGCAUGGUGAAUCCCUUCACAGAUCCGGAAAGCAGCAGAAUCAGAGGCUUGAGAAUUUGAGAAAGAUGGAGGGGAUGGUCCAUCCCGUUAUGAGCCGCAAAACUAGCCCCCAAACCAUUGGAGCAGCUCGGCCUUUGAAACGGAGCCCGGAGGAUUUGGACAAGGUCAUUAUUGAAAAAAAAAUCCGAGCUGUCUCUCCUCUGCACUUACCCAAGGAGGCAUCUACAAAAGAAAAGACUGCCGAUCAUGAGGGCGAAGGCAGCAAAUCAGUGCACGGUCUUCAUUCUGGCAGCAUGUUGGAAAGCCACAAAUUUCCCCUUUCCAGCCCUAUCUUCACAGGCUUGUACCCAGGAACCCUGUGUGCAGGGCUGAACAAUCGCCUCCCAGCUGGAUACUCUCAUCCUUUGCAGUACUUGAAAAAUCAGACCGUGCUUUCCCCCCUAAUGCAGCCUUUGGCUCUUCAUUCCUUCAUGGUGCAAAGACAAUUUCUUACAUCCCCUGCAAAUUCUCAGCACCUCUAUAGACACUUAGCUGCAGCAACACCUGUAGGAAGUUCAUAUGGUGACCUUUUGCACAACAGCAUUUAUCCUUUAGCUGCUAUAAAUCCUCAAGCUGCCUUUCCACCUUCUCAGCUGUCUUCUGUACAUCCUAGCACAAAACUGUAAAGCCCCCUUAAAAGUGUCUGAAAAAAAUGUUAAGUUAGCUACAUUCCUUUCCCUGUGAUAAUGUCUUGCAGAAUUAGAAAUCAGUAUUUUUGUUAACCAGUAUGCAGUCUCAUCCCACCUAGCUAGGUGCUUCAUACUUAACCGACACUCCUACUUUUUGGUUCUUAAUUCUGGCUUCCACAUCUAUUUCCCAAACCAUUUCAUUUGGCAUACUAGUUUUCUGAGAGGAUUCACAUAUCUGGAGAGCAAAAGAUUAGAGCAAGCCAAUGGAAUUUUAGGACUUGAACCUGGUCUCGCUGAGGUCAGCAUCAACAUUUGUAGUUGUAUUGAGUGAGCAUAGAAUCAGGGCCAUUAGCAUGUUUCAAAACAGGCAAGAACUCGUGAUGAAUCUGAAAAGGAGAACAAGGCAGGAAAUGCAUACAGUCAUUAGAUGUGCUUUUUUUUGGAGGGAGUGGGAGGUAAUUUUUCCUGACUUAAACGUUCAAUCAAUGCAAUUAAGUAUAGUCAAAUUGCAAUAGAUUUUUUUUCCUUUUAACACUAUUAGAACAGAAAAGUAAACACUGUUUAAUUUGACUGUACAUACCCUCUUCAUAAACUACCAGUGUCGCAUUCAGUAACAUAAUUUAUAACGUAAUUAAGUUUUGUUUGUCCAGUAUAUUCUGCGUCUUUUUUUUUUUUUAAUUAAACAAGAUCCUUUUAUCUGCAACUUUUUAAAAGUCUGUGGCUGUCCUAGUUUUUUUGUAUAUGUUUGUAAUUUUUCCAGUUCUUAUAUUUUUGAGCAGCUUUUUUGUCUGUGUUUGGCAACAUUAUUGUUUACAAACUGAGGCAACUGGUUCAGAUGAAUCUUAACCGACAUAAACAUACUGUAGAUAAUACAAUGGUGCAAUGAUGCAAACAAAGUUCCUUUUUCUCUGGUCUGAUCCUGAAAGGUGCUGAGCACCUGCCACUCUCACUGGUGUUGUUGUGAUGGCUCCUACAGUGCUUUACUGACCACAGAAAUUUUACUUUGCCAUACCAUGGUCUGUGAAUUUCUUCAGAAUUAUAUACUUACCAGUUCCUAGGCUAUGAAACCCUCCUGCAUACCAGAGAAAUUUUAAAUAACAAAACCUCACUGGCAACAAGCUGCUGAAUAACAAGUGCAUCCAGAAGACAGAUUUGUGGUUUCAUAGAUUUCAUAGACAUUAGGGCUGGAAGGGACCUCGGAAGAUCAUCGAGUCCAGCCCCCCGCCCAAAGGGCAGGACGUCAGCUGGGGUCAUAGGAUCCCAGCAAGAUAAGCAUCCAGUGAGAAUACAUCAAGAAUUUCAAAUAUUAAAACACGAACAGCAUUUAUUUUAAUUACAGGUUUUAUGGGUCCUUUACCUCAAAACAGAGAUGGGCUAGUGAUGGACUCCUCUACUAAAAAGCAGCCCAAAGUUCAGGUUCAGUGUGAACAAUGGGUCACUAAGCCAGCCCAAUCUUUGUCAUUCAUAGAAAGCAGAAUUCACUUGCAUGUAGAGAUCUAAUACAGUGGAAACCCCAUUCAUGGUGCUAGAUUCUUAGCUGGGGUACAUCUUCAUGGCUACCUGCAAUCAAGGGAGGUUCUUUGCCCUAGCUGUAAAUCUAGUCCAUUGCCUCUCAAAGGGAUAUAUGACCUAUGAACCUUUUGCAGUGGGCCCUCUGUACACAUGCUGGGAACUAGUCUGUGUCCCUGAGAAUAAUUUCUGAAUGUUAAAAGUCUAUGAGUGAAGGCACUGGGUUUUCAUAACAAAAGACCUUUCCUAUGGCUGUAUGUUCACUUUGAAGGACAUUACUACCCUGAAGCUAAAAAAAAAAUGGAUAUGGAGUAGUGUAACGGUGGUAUCUGACACUGUGAAAAAUAGUUAUGAUUUGAACAUCUCAAUUACAAUAUAGAUACAAAGUAAUCAAAGCUGUUAAAAACAAGAAUGGAAACUACUAAGUAAUACCUUGCAUGCUAUGCAUCUCAUUAUAAUUUCCCAUGAUAUGAAGCCAAAUAUGAUAUAUAAUAUAGCAUAUGUAAUAUCCAAAGGUGGAAACCAGAAUAAUAUAGUCAUCAACUGUUCCCGUGUCUUCAAUUAAAUACUUUAUAUUCCCGUGGUAAAACUGUAUUUAACUGAUUGAUAAACAGGCUAAUAGAAUUUACAAAAUGAAUGUGCUAAUGCAGUUUUCUACAGUUCUACAAACUGUAGAGAAAAUGAAAUUAUGAAUUUGAUUGCUCAGAGGCCAUGGCAUAGAGGGCAUCUCUAGUAAAGUUGCACUAGACCUGAAUCACAUAAGAGUCAAGGGUUAUGGGGAAAGUAAACACAAAUAAUAUGCCUGCCAUUUAACCAGCAAACCAAACACUUCAUGCCCUUGUUUAGGAUAACUUGCACACCCUGGAAUCAUGCAUUUGUUUACAAGUCUCUGAUUUCACUUUUGAUUACGUCAUUUUGGAAUUUGAUCACAGCAUUUUAAAACAAUGAUAACACAGUGCAGAACUGGGAGAGUUUCUUCAUUUGUUCCAUGAGGAAACUAGCUGUUUCUGUGUGGGGAAGCUCAUAAUAUGCUGGGGAAAACAUCAGGACAAAUAAAAAGAAAUGAUGGCAUAAACCCCCCAAUAGAAGCAGUGCAUUAUUUGUUUAAAAACUCUUAACAGAAAUCUUGGAAAUCUUUCAAAAGACUAUUUAAUUCUCUAUUGGCUGAGGACUACUUUUUAAAAAUGUCUUAAAUGGGGCUUUGUUUGCAUUGUUUGAGUUCAAGGGGCCUUAUUAUUGAAUACAAUUGCACAAGCCUUUCUUUGUGCAAUCAAACCUUUGUCAUUGGUAGGUUUGCAAAGGAAACUGUGGAAUCUAAUUGGCAAUAGAGUCAUAAAACUAUUUACCAAGAACCAGUUCUAGAAAAUGUUGCAAUUCAAAUGUACUAUGCUCAGGAUUCAUUUGAGAUUCUAAAGGUUGUGAGAUUUAAAAAAAAAUACCCAGCAAAAACAUCCAUGAAACUUCUGGUUACAGAUGGAGUUUGACUUUAGGAAACAGAAACUAAAAAUAGAACCUAACUGAAUUUCUUAAUAAAAUAUAGUUCUGGAAAAGAUUAACAUUUGUAAAGACUGCUUUUUGCAACAGAUCUGUUUUAUUUAUUUAGUUUCUUGACAAGUUAAGUUCCCAUUUGUAUCAGAGCAUACAAAGUCAUUUGUUCAGACUAUUGACUUUACAACUUAAUGAAUUGGUGCAUGAGUCCUUCAGUACUGUAUCUUACUUUGUUGAUGUGUCUAAUGGAAGUUUCUAGGUGGUCACAAAACCAUUUUCUGUCAUGUGCCUUCAAAGAGAACAGUUCAUUUCUGUUUACUCAUUGUUCUAUAUGGUCACCUUUCUGGUAGUGGGCAACCAAGUCACUGAUCUGAUUUUACAACUGUCAUGACUUUAAUGAGAAAUGCAAAGUAUUUCAUGUACACGAGGCCCACUACAUUGAAACAACUGUCAGCACUUACAAAGAUGUUUGCUGUAAAUGUGGUUGAUAUUUCACUUGUUUUCCCCCUACCCCAUAGUUUUAAAUAUAUUCUAAUAAUGGCAGCAUACUCUACUAGCUGUUCAUACUUUUUUAACUUUCUUUUGUUGUAAAUAUUGUAUACUUUUUGUGAUUCAAGUUAUGUAGCCUAUAUGCUCUGUAAGGUGAUUAUUUGUAUAUAGCAAAAAGGCCCAGUAAUAUUAUAUAGUUUCCUGUUUAAAAGGUUAUUGAGUAACCUUUGCAUUAGUUUAAACACUACCAGACAUAAAGCUGAGCCAACUAUAAACACUCAAUUUUUGUAUGUUUUCCAAAUUGUACUUAUUAAUGCUUUUGAUACUGUAUUAUGUGCCAAUAGUUUCCCAAUCACAUAGCAGGCAAAAGAUAUUUUGUACUUUUUGAUCCACUGUAAUAUUUAAUAAAAAAUGUUACUAUCUGUC